ACGUCAGCGGCGGCGCCGCGUCACGCGGCCCAUGCCGGAAGCGCGGGGAGGGGCCGAGGCGGGAGCUGCCCGGUGGCGGCGGCGCGGCCAUGGCGGCGGGCUAUCACCACAGACCCAGCGGCGGCGCCGCGCUGCCCGACCCCUCCUUCCUGUGGAACGUCUUCCAGAGAGUUGAUAAAGACAGGAGUGGAAUAAUAUCUGACAAUGAACUCCAGCAGGCAUUAUCUAACGGCACAUGGACUCCAUUUAAUCCAGCAACAGUCAGGUCAAUUCUUGGCAUGUUCGACAGAGAAAACAAAGGUGGUGUGAACUUCAAUGAAUUCACAGGAGUCUGGAAGUACAUCACAGACUGGCAGAAUGUCUUUCGAACGUAUGACAGAGACAAUUCUGGAAUGAUUGACAAAAAUGAGCUGAAGCAAGCGCUAACAGGUUUUGGUUACCGACUGUCUGACCAAUUCUAUGAUAUCCUUAUUCGGAAAUUCGACAGACAAGGAAGAGGACAGGUUGCUUUUGAUGACUUUAUUCAGUGCUGUGUUGUUUUACAGAGGCUGACGGAUGUGUUCCGCCGAUACGACACCGACCAAGAUGGCUGGAUUCAGGUGUCCUACGAGCAGUAUCUUUCUAUGGUCUUCAGCAUUGUAUGACACUGCUAACCAGGAACUGCACACUGGUGUUACACAGACUAGAGUUGCCAAAUCAUCACAUACUGAAUAAGAUUAUUGAUGUACUAUAAUGGAUAUAACUUCACCUUCUUAAAUUUUUUAUGUAUGUAUGUUGGCCAUCACCAGAAUCUGUACUUGAGUUGUUUUUUAUUUUGUAUUCCUGUAUGAUACGUCCAUCUCUGCUUACUGUCGUACAGAAAGCACAGAAUCUAGAUUUAUGUGGUGCAAUGUCAAACUUGACUUGACUUAACCUUCUUUCACAUAUCCUGCAUGGGAAAAACAUGACUCUUUAGAAACGCCAAAUUACAAUAAUGCUUGUUAGUUUAGAAGGGAGUUGAAAGUCAGAAGUUGCACAAUAUGUUUUGCAUGUGCCUUACUUUUAUAAGAGUUUAAUGUAUUAAUUUUUAAUACAGAACUUAAAAAUUAAGUAAAGACAUUAGAUCAA